AUGUCUGACAACUACGGUAACGACAGCUACGGCUCCAGCCGCCGCGACAACGACAACGACAACAGCUACGGGUCUUCCAACCGUGAUAACGACAACAGCUACGGUUCGUCCAACCGUGAUAACGACAACAGCUACGGCUCCAGCGGUCGUGACAACGAUAACGACAACUCUUAUGGCUCUAGCAACAACAACAGCAGCAGCUACGGCUCAUCUGGCCGCGACAACAGCGAUUCCUAUGGCUCUAGCAACAAGGACAAUGACUCUUAUGGGUCUAGCAACAAUGAUUCAUACGGCCCUAGCCGCCGUGACAAUGACAACGACAACACUUAUGGCUCGUCCGGUAACUCUGGUCUGAGCGGCGGCAACGACAGCUACGGCUCCAGCCGUCGCGACAAUGAUGACAACAGCUACGGCUCCAGCAACAAGGACAACGACUCCUACGGCUCCAGCAACAAGGAUUCUUACGGCUCCAGCCGUGACAAUGAUAACUCUUAUGGAUCUAGCAACAAGGGCAGCGACUCUUACGGUACCAGCAACACAUACGGCUCUAGCAACAACGACAGCUACGGCUCUGGAAACAACGAUUCCUAUGGCUCCAGCAACAAGGACAGCGAUUCUUAUGGAUCCAGCAACACAUACGGAUCUGGUCGUGACAACGACAACGACAACAACCGAUCAGGUGGCUUCCUCGACAAGGUCAAGGACAAGGUUGAGGACAAGCUCAGGGGAAACAAGAACAGUGGUGACAACGACUACUAA